AUGGAUAACAAUCGUCUUCUUUAUUGUCAAGGAAGAAAAGAUCAUCAAGUCAAACUACAUGGACAACGAAUUGAACUUGGUGAAAUCGAACGAUGUUUACCUAACAUUAUAUCUAUCUCUGCUUGUGUUGUCAUGAAAUGGAAUGAUGAUUAUUUAGUUGCUUAUAUUCAAUCUUCUAAUGUGAAUGAAGAAGAACUACGUCAAUAUUGUCAAUCUCAUCUUCCACCACAUAUGAUUUCAUCCAUAUUUAUUAUACUCGAUAAAUUAUCUUUGAAUCCAAAUGGAAAAAUAGAUCGAAAACAACUUCCUUCACCCCAGUUUUCCUUAUCAACUUUGUUAUCGUCCGAUAAAUCUAAUACUCCUCUUAAUCAGUUCGAAGAACGUAUACACGCUAGUUGGUGUCAAGUCCUUCAUUCUAAUGAAAAUCAAAUUUCUAGAACUACCAAUUUUUUUAGUGUUGAUGGUCAUUCACUUUUAUUUGUUGAACUUUAUCCUCAUUAUCAAUCAGUAUUUAACUUUGAUGCUCAUACACUGUCGAUUGCUCCAUUCCUUCAACAACCAACUAUAUUUCAACAUUCACAAUUACUUCAAACAGUUGCAGCGAAUAAUAUCAAGGCAACACAAUGGUACACGUUGCAUAUAAAUGAAGGUAUUGCCUCUUUUGCUCAGGAACGUAUAUAUCUCGAUGAGCAAGUUCGUUUUUCGAGUGAUAUUGCUAUCUAUAACGAACUAUCGACUUUACAAGUUGUUGAAGGAUCAUUAUCAUUCAACCGUUUAUCACAAGCAUUUCGAUAUGUUUUGAAUAAACAUAAAAUAUUAUGUACAUCUCUUGUAUUUAACAAUGAUGAUGGUAUUUUGAAACAGUACAUUACAGAUGUACAUGAUACAUUCACAAUAACUGUGAAUCAAACAUUUCAAAAUGAAAAUGAACUUCGAGAUAUUAUUUAUCAAACAACUAUUAAUCCCAUGCUCUUCGAUUUAUCAACUGGUCGUGUUUUUCAUGCUGAAAUUCUGAGACAUCAAAUAUCAUUAAAUGAAAAUGAAAAUAAUAGCAAUGAGUUCAUAAUGAAUUCUGAUAUUCUCCUCAUUGCUUUUCAUCAUGCAGCAUUCGAUCGAGCAAGUCGUUCAGUCUUUUUUAACGAUCUGUGUUUAGCUUAUAAUACUAAUGCAACAUCAAUAGAAGAUGAUGAAUCAUUGCAAUAUAUCGAUUAUAGUAUACAUGAACGUCUAAUUGACAUGACAACGUCUCGUGAAUUCUGGCAUUUGCAAUUAAAAGCACACAAUUUGGAAUCUCGAUUAUCAUUACCAGUUGAUCGACAUCGUUUGUCUAAUGAUAAUCGAUCGAGUUCUGCUUCUGUCACUCAAAUCUCUUUUGACAACAAAAGUUCACAAUUAUUUCUUGAUUAUGCCUCUGUACAUCAUGUGACACCAUUUCAGUUAGGUCUAAGUAUAUUAUAUGCUUUUCUUUUCAAGUUAACUCAUGGUGAAAAUGAUUUAUGCAUUUCUUGUCUUAAUGCUAAUCGAUACAAAUUUGAACUGCAAAAUACAGUUGGAAUGUUUGUUUCUACAUUACCAUAUCGUAUUCAACUUGAUCCUCAUUUGCCAUUUCAUGAUCUUGUUGAAUAUAGCGAUGAAUUAUCUUUGGAUGGAACAAGUCUCAAACAAGUGUCAUUUGAACAAUCGUUUGAAGUGGCUAAGUUUGAUUUUAUGUUAACAUUUAUCUUUGAUCCACUGUUGGAGAAUAAUAGGUUAUCAUUUCGUUUAUCUUGUUCACAUGAUCUGUUUGAUGAAAGUACAGUUACAAAUAUAGAUCGAAGAUUAGAAUGUUUUUUGCAACAACGUUUUCCAUCGAAUCAAACUAUCAAUCAAGUUGAUACAUGUUUUACAUUUAUAUCGAAAUUUGAUCUUAUUCUACCAGAAGAAACUCAACAAAUACAAGAUAUUGUCUUUUGUCGACAAUCAUAUAUAAUGAACGAAGGUAUGUUUAACAAGACAUAA